ACGAUCCCGAGGCACUUGUAGUAUCAAGAUCAAGAUCAAGAUAGCGCGGGAGCGGAGGCGUGAUGUGUAUACUUAAACAUGUGUGCAUUACCUGGCUGGGGUCGACCUACACAGCAAAAUAGAGCUUUGGAUAUUAAGAAUGGUGGUGGUGUCACCGGGGUGCGUGGAGCAAGUGUCAAGUGUGACUCAUCACAUCAGAGACCAGUGAAGAAGCUGAAGAAACCAUACAACUUAAGUGACAAGAGUGACUUCAAUUGGUCAUUGGAUCAGUUUCACCUGACUGUCUAUAAGCAGCAGUGGGACGAUGCCUUCAGUCUCCUGCCUUCUGUCAUCAUCCCAGCUGCACCGUUUCUUUCCCUGGAACUCCUGUGGCAGGUGACAGAUGUCAUUGCCAGAAAUAUCCCAAGUCUGACUGCGGAUGACAGAAAAAAAUUCAGAUCUAUUCUUAAUGGUAUGAAAUUAAAGCCAUCAGGGUUUUUUGACGUUUCAUCUCAAGAUCUUACAGAAGCAAUGGAUAGUGAUGUUGAUGAACUGUUGCAGAUGAUAGAAGACAUCCAGAUGCAGAGGCUGCCUCCAUCACAAGGGAUUGAGAUUUACAUUGGGAAACACUUCAAGGCCUUGUCUGAUGGAUUCUGUGGCCUGGUACACUACCACUGCUGGAAGAGCUCUUUGCUGAAUGUCACAUCAUCCUCCCAGCCACUGGAAGAUAAUUCAUGUUCAGUGAACAUGUGUGAAUAUCAAGGAACAGCAAACACCAGCAAAAAGUUAGUCAAAGUAGCUCACUUCUUCCUGAAGAAAGCCUUCAUUAGUCUCAGUGAACCUUGUGACUGGUUCAUGCUGCAGUUUUUGGAGCUGGAGAAAGAGCUCUUUGGCCUGGAAUCUGCUGUUAGUGCAUUGAAGCAGUAUAAGAAUUACCCUUACCAUGGACCAGUGCAUCACCUUGCCUACCAAUUCUACAAGAAAUUUGUGCCAAGAUCAAUUGAGGAGCAACUAAUGGAGUUAGAGUUCAUCAGCAAAGCAUAUCCCUAUGAUGCUCUGGUGCUGGAAGAAGUGAACCUCUACCUUCACAGCUUGGAACACGGAGGGCCAGCUCUGGAGAGAGCCAUGAUGUGGAUGAGGAGUACUAUGAGUGACAGUGACCAGGAAAGCAGUGAUAAUUGUCCCUCUCCAAGCCUGCUAGAUAAUUCGUGCUUACUGAAGACAACAGGGAAAGCAGAGGUGCUGAUGAGGUGCCUGUUACUGCUUAUCAGAAUGCUGAACCACCAGGGCUUUACCUGGAACCUGAAGCCGUGGGAGAAGCUAACACAAGUGUUGAGCAAGUUUUACCAGGCCUGGAUCCGAUGUUGGUCCUGUGUUACCUGUAUAAAGAUCAGAAAGAAGGUACAAAGAAUUGCCAGCCUGGUGAUGCCUCUGUGGAAAUGUUUUGUGUGGAAAGAGCCUCCAGUUAUCUUGCCCCUGGAGGUGGCCAGGAUCCUAGCACAUCAUAUGUUUGCUGCUUUUAUAUUUAGUAAUGGUGAGUAUUGCAGGACUGACACCAUCUCAUCACCCAUUACUUGCAGAUUACUGCAUACAGUGUGGCUACCAUUGUGUAUGAUGUUUUUAUUGUGGUUGUGGGGAUAAUAGUGAGUUGAUUAUUAAAGAGUUGACAUUAAAGGAUUUUGAUGAUGAUUACAGUGGUAACUCGUGAUAAUGGACAUUUCGGAGAUGAGGGGUUGUCCGUUACUAAGAGCUCUUUGUCUGUGAGACCCUUAAUCACCCCCUUUCUUUUUUAGUUUAUUUAUUUAUUUUCUUUUACAUAAUGCUAAAAAUAUUUUCAUAAAUUAACCUACCUUAUUCUACACUCAAUGUUGAAAUAAAGGAGUUCAUUAUUAUUAAUGAAAAUAAAUUUGUCUUACUGAGAAUAGAUGAAUUAAUGAUAUAGCUUAUCGUAUAGUGUAAUUGUUGAUUCCCAUGUGGUCCAAUGGCAUCUUUGGUGUUGCAGGACUGACACCAUCUCAUCACCCAUUACUUGCAGGUUACUGCAUAUAGUGUGGCUACCAUUGUGUAUGAUGCUUUUAUUGUGGUUG